AUGGUGGUUAGCUGGAUCUGCAAGAAGCAGAGCAGCGUCGCCGUGUCGCAGGUGGCGGCCGAGCUGUGGGGCAUCGGCCAGUUGCUGAGCGAGGUCGGACUCAAGAUGAAGAUCCCCUACAAGUUGUCCGACCCGCCUAAGAACAAGAAGCUAAAGGUCGCUUACUGCAAGUCCGGGUUGAUGCGCGCGGACAUCUUGAUGAAGGCCCUGUCGACGUUGAGACCCUUGGCGUCAGGCGCUCAUCAUGCUCACGACACAACGGGCCCGUUUGAGCUGCCGGCGAAUCGCUAG